AGUACAUUUGUUUGUGAUCUGUUGUCGUGUUUUAUAGCCUACGCUUAUAAAAAGUAACCAAAUUUAAUUAAAUUGAACACUCGGUUUACUCUAUUAGGAUCUAACGGUAUACCGGGUUCGGUGGAAAGGGUACGGACCCCAGAGUGACACGUGGGAACCGGAGGACAAUUUGCGUACCAUAUGGAAAAUGGUCGAAAAGUAUAAAGCUAAAUUGACGCAUAACAACACUAAUCAUAUUAGCACCCGAACCACUUCGUCAUCCCUGCUAUCGGCACCCGUAUCGACAAAUACCCGACGCAGGGGUCGACCGGCAGCCGCUAAUCCAACCCACGCUAACAACACAAGUAAUACUAUCACUACCGCCGGCGCUACUAUCGGACCAAAGCCUAUCAGCUCUCAUAUGAACGGAAAACUGGUCAACGGUGGCGGAGGGGGUCCGGGUGUUGAGGCGGUCCCCGACCGACGGACCACUCUAUUAAGUAGCCGCCGAGGAGUCAAUAAAGCGAGUCUCAAACUUCAUAUAAAUAGUAAUCAUAAGAAUAUCAAUAAUAAUAAUAACAAUAAUAAUAAUCACAAAAUGAACGCCAAAAAUAUUAACAACAAUAAUAAUGUGGUUAAACACGCGGUGAAGACAAGUGAGCGCCGGCUAGUGAUCCGGAAGAGCCAUAAGAAGCGUUUGAGGUAUUGUUUCACAACCGAGAAGAGCAAAAACACGUUCUGGAAAGACCUGGAAGAGGGCCGCAUCGAUGUGUUCAAAGAGGACCUGUACUCGCGGGUCAAGUCGCGGGCCUCGUCGCGGGGCAACUCCGGCGAGAACUCGCCCAAACAGCCGACGCCCACCGACGCGGGAUCGCCGCACACCGGCGAUAGUGUCGCUAAUUGUAAUGAUAAUACAAACCACACAAACGACGAGAAUUGUUACGCCGAGAACGGCACCGGUAGUGCCGGUGGUGCUACUGAUCCCAUGGUUGCGGCCGAUAAUGACGAUAGCGAUAAGUAUACGCUGAACGCCGACCUGCGGGUAAAGUUGUGCAAAACGGAAGCACUGAUGGCUGCGAUUACGGCCGGCGACCGAGAGUUGGCCCGCAUAUUGUUGGCUAACGGGUCGGACGCGAACGCCACGGAAGGCCAGCGGAACGGUUCCACACCUUUGAUGGUGUGUUGCGAACGCAAUAACAUAGAUAUGACCGCAUUCUUGCUCUCUGUCGGCGCUCUCAAAGACGUCCACAACCGGAACGGAGACACGGCUUUGAUUAUUGCCAGUCGUUUGGGUCACGACGAGAUCGUUAAAUUGUUGCUGAAUUAUGGCUCAAACUUCGCCCAAACUAACAGAAAGGGCACAAACGCCUUGCGAUGCGCCCGACUGAGUGGCCACGAGUCCACUCAACGCACACUUAUUGAUCACAUAUCCAGGUUGGCCCUAUCGCUAGAGGAUCAGGUGAUGGACACGCUGUGCAAUACGGCCCGUAUAGUUAACGCCUUGUUUCCCAUACAAUGCUAUUCUAUGAAUGAAUGUCAAGAAUUCAAAUUAUCGUUUGAGUUUGAUUUAGACAGACGUGUGCAGCACAACGAGCCGGGUGUGGGUUAUAUCCUAUUCGUGGCCAACACUAGUAUUUCGCAAAAUGGCAUUAAAUGUCAAUUUUCGGGACCGGAUGUCAUACAAGAGGUUCAUCUCAACAAAACAGUACAAAAACCUUUAACUGAGGGAGCACAAUAUGUCUUCUCAUUCUUACCGCUGGUUCGCGGGACCAAUGAAUUGGUGAUAAAGACAACCCAUAGUCGACCCGUAGGAGAGGUGGCGGAGGACGUGGACGCACGGCAUGAGCGGCACCGGGAGGCCAAUAGUCAUAUAAAGUUAAUGGUCUGCGCCUAUGAAAUACAAUUGAUUGCCAAUAACACCCAUAAUGAUGGCGCCGGUAGUGAUGGCUGUAAUCAUAAUAAAACUAAUUGUGAAUCAAAUUAAUGUUAACUUAUAUUUAGGCCAUUUAUACAAAUAUCUAUAAUAACUUUAUUAUUUAUAUAUUUUUUUAACAGUG